CCCUAUCACAUAGAAUCACAGACUCAUAACAUGUUUUCAGAUAGAAUGAUGGGGCAUGUAUCCAGCUGCAGCAGUGCAUCUGGUGUCAUGUCCCCUCAACACCAGACUGAUACUGUGACCAACGACGAUGCGGGUCCCCAAAAAAUUGAGCCAGUUUGUGAAGAGAGGGUGCAAGACCUCACCCACACAGAACAUCUCUCCCCAGCCACUGGCCCCUCCUUUUUCCACCAUUUUCGCUCUCUCUUUGUCUCUCCAGAGUUUUUUCCCAACUCUAUCACCAUCGAGUACAAGAACUGGCACAACUCUGAUAUUCAGUGCAGAGCUUUGGCGGUGCCUCCACCCCCAGCGUGCGAGCUGAGCGAGGAGAGGCCCGUCAUGGCACAGCCGGUGAAAGAUGGGCGCCUGAUACUUCACGCCAUCAUCCCAAAGGACUAUCCUGGAGGAAAGGAAGGGUUUUCGUCCACUUCUGCCAAGUUCCUUCGCAACGAACAGACUUUUGGUAUUACACACAUUUACUUUGGGGAAGACGAUAUUUCUGGCUACUUGAAGAUGGUAAGCGAUAGCUUCAAAGAGCAGUCCAAAUCAUCAAGCAGAAGCAAAAACAAGGAGCCAAAGGGCAAGGCUAUCAAGUGGAAGAACCCCGUCACGGCAUUUGGCUGUCGCUACGUGUGGGCUCAUGAUCUUGCCACUCCUCAUUUGUUGUAUUUUCGCAUCCGUCCUACCUGGGUAGACCUGCCUGCUCUAGCAGUGGUCGACACAACUCAUGAUGGGUAUAUGAAUGAACUUGGCAAUAGCAAGGAACGAUUUGUGCAACUUGCCCUUCCUCAAAUUCAUCUCAGUGUCAUUAUCAAGAAUUACAAGCAGCUUUUCCAACAGUCCAGCCAGGAGCAGCCCGCGAUCCCAGGCGUCGAGUUUGACCCAACACAAGCUUGGUGGUGGAACAUUGUUCAAGAGAACCAACGGCGGCGACAUCUCGCACAGCUUGCAGCAGCUCCCGAGCCUGUCACAGAGUCUACAGCCGUCGAAGAUGUGACUAGGGUUACAGGUUCUGCGGGUUACUCACCAGAAUCUCCUACUGACCAGCCCGUGCUUUCAGAGGCACCGGAUGACGAUUCGGCUGGCCGAGAAGUUUUUCAGACUGCACCUUGCGAUGAAGAUGUUGCCGGUUUAGCCGACGCGUUUUUGACUACUGGAACAACGAUCGAGGUGUCUGAAGAGCAUAAGGAUGAGCAAGGCAAAGAACAGGAGGUUAUCACUGAUGGUUCUAAUUUGGCUCAUGUCGAAGAUGACAAUAUCCAGCCAUCUCAGUUGACCAAAGAAACACUCGCAGAAGAAAGGGGGCUUGACACUGGUUUAUUUGAGUCAGAGCCGAUUGAAAAAGUCGAGACUCAUGAUUCAUCAUCCACUCUUCGUAGUGAGACCACUGAGUCUCUUGAAGAACACGAGGACAAAUUCGUCACUAGUGGAGACGACAUUAUUGAAAAAGCAACCGCAAAAAGCAAUCUGACCCAAGCCACUGCUAAAACAGAAGCGACCUCUACUGAGACCGCAUCUUCCGUUGGGGAGAAAUCAGAUAUUGGCAUGAGCCAGACGGUCUCCAAGUCGAAGAAGAAGAAGUCUAAGAAGAAAAAGACGGCAAAUAAAUCCGACCAGGCCAUCUCGGAAAAAGCUUCUGUCGGAGAGACUGAAACGGCUACCGCUGAACGCUCUAGUCUUGAUACAGUACCGGACGACGACCCCAGUUGGAACAUCGUGACUCACGCCAAAAAGCGUCAAGGGUUGACUAAAUCAAAAUCUCACGAAAGUUCUUGUCAGGACAUCAACCAGACAUCGUCGAACAUGAGGGGGGCUAGAGGUUCAGCUCCAUACCGAGGUGCUAUUGCACCACCACCACCGCCGCCACAGAUCAAUGAUUCUGAGUUUCCUCGCUUGCCAGCAGUUCCUGAAAACAGCAGUGUCCAUCAUACUACCUCUCUUAAUCUAGCAAGAGCCUCGAAUAAUGCUUCUCGGUCGGCGCAUUCAAACAACAAGUACAACAACAACAAUGUGCAGAUAGCAUCGAGCAAUAGACCUGUCACUGUCCCAGUCACUCCCAAUACAACAGUGCAGCCACUUGCUCCUCCUUUUUGGCCUCGAGCUCGAGGUCGCGUUCAGCCUGGUCCAGGGGCUUUCAUUCAGCUAGACAGCACUGGAUUCCCAUGUUCUAUGGAGAACUGCGACAAGCGGUGUUGCUCUCUUGAUUACACAUCUAUAAUUUGCCCGCGCUGCGGCCCACUGUCAGAGGUUCGCUACUGCGGCAAAGAGCAUCUAUUUGCAGAUGUCAAAACCCAUUGGCAAUGGUGUGGUCAAUUCACAUUUGUGGUGCCAGCUCGUGGGAACCUUCCAGUUGUCCAGUCACCCCCGCUGGUGCCCAGCUUCUACAUGUGGGACAACCCUGAACGAUUUCGUCUGGCUUUGCAUCACGCCGUCGACCGCAGGGCCGACUACUUUGUCUUCAGUGACUGGAUUGACUAUAUGCGUCAUGGUCAGCCUAAAGAUAUUUUGAAUAUCCGCUGUCCAACUCAAGUGACUCACAAGGUCUCGUUUUCCGAUCCAGUCAUGAAAGAUCGCUUCCACCGUAUACUGGGAGUCUGCCUAAUGUUGUCGCCCGUCCAACUCGAGUUCGUGAACUACUUAUUCCGAAUGAUCCGUGACAACCUACGUGAACAAGGGGUAUGGAACGACAACCUCAACGAGGCAGUACUCUAUCAAAUGACCCUUGAAUUCGGCGUCGACCUGCAGGACUGGUUUACCGGCACCAGACACGCAUGCGAAGUUGAAUGGGCUGGCUGGAACCGGUGUCGCGGGUGCAGAGAUAUAACUUGUCUCAUGGAAUAUAAGGACGGGGUCAAGUCGACAUUACUCGAACAAAAGACCAAGGAUCUCGAGGCCAACUUUUGGAUUCUGCGUGCUCACCGCUACACUCACCCGGACAUUCCCGGUAUGUCCCAGGAGGCAAUUCAGCGGCGCACUCGAGGUGAAGGGUUUCCAGACGUGAUUCCAGAAGACCAGCGUCUGUUCAUCCGCGGACCCGGUUGGGAUCAUGCGGCAGGCGGGUUUGAAAUCGAAGAUUAUGGGGGUUGA